GGCGAACAUAAGCAAGAAACCUGAUGUCAAUUACUAGGCCCAACUUCAAAAAUCAACUUCAAAUGGGAGCCCAUUCCAAGCAUCCCAAUUCCCAAACUCAGCAGAAGUUGGAAACGUAAAACCCCCAAACCCAGCGAAGCGACCCUCACCCUCGCUCUGUUUUUCUCCUUGGGAAUAAACCCUGGAAAAGGCAAGGGUUUUAAACCUAGGUUCUCCACCUCAACAGCCGACAUGAACUCCCUCAUUCGAACACUCGCAAAAAUUUCAACUUCACAAUCGCAUCAGGCCUCAAGAAGAUGGCCUGCUUUGCACUCUUUCUCUACUUCUACCACUUCCAAGCGGUGGACCAAAACUAAGAAACCAUCCGAAUCCGACUUCGAACCCUCAGCACCCAAGGAAUGGCCUAGGCCUACUAAGAUACCCUUCCAAUCCAAGGUGGCUAACUCCGUCAGCAUCUCGGGUUACAUUCAUAUGCCCGUACAGUUCGAGGCUGCCUCUGAUGGGAAAUUGUGGGCUGGCACUGUUAUUUCCCAGAACCCUUCUUCUGAUUCUCCUCCUCUCUGGAUUCCAAUAAUUUUCGAGGGUGAUUUGGCCCAUAUUGCUGCUUGCCAUCUGAAAGAAAAUGAUCAUGUCUAUAUAGAUGGGCAACUCAGUGCAGAUCCACCUUCUUCUAAUGCAAAUCAUGGUCAAGCCAAUGUCCAGGUUAUGGUUCGUACUGUCAACUUUGUUGAUGAAUCUGCUCCCAUGACGAAAAGCAUUGCUACCCCUAAAGAAGAAGGGGCCUUUAGUGAUUCUGCUAGCACUAAGAAAGGUACUGAAACUGCGUCUAGUAUCUGGAGGGAUCUUCUUGAUAAUCCAAAAGAGUGGAAGGAUUACCGUGAAAAGAAGCUUAAUGGAGUGGUAAAACCCAAAUUUCCUGAUUUUAAACACAAAGAUCAUGAUCUUUCGCUUUGGCUUGACUGCGCACCCAAGUGGGUUUUAUCAGAACUUAAAGGACCGCAAUAUGAUGGUCCUACUCAAAAAUCAAACCAAGUGAACCAACUUAAAGGGGAUGAAUUCUGGAAGGACUUGGUGGAAAACCCGAGUAAGUGGUGGGACAACAGAUUGGAUAAGUUAAAUGGCAAGGUAAAUAAAAAAUAUCCUGAUUUCAAGCACAAAGAAACCGGUAAAGCACUGUGGCUUUCUUAUUCACCAGGUUGGGUGGAAUCGAAGUUGCCUUCUUUAAAAAGUAAAAAAUGGUCGGGCAAUGCGUGAGAGAGAGACAGAGAGUGCCUUCUUGAGCUGUACUUUGAUGAAGUGGCCUAGUUUUGUUUCUUGAGGUUGUUUUAAAGGUGCGACUGGUGGCUGGAAACAGAUUCGUUGUUGAUAACAAACUUAUGUAGUAGUACUAGUAGAGCACUGGGCCACAUGGUAAAAUCUUUGUGAGUGGUCUGGCAUUUAUUUAUUUAAUGCUCAAUUGGGACAAAAAUCUACUUAUAUAACAGGUUCGAUUUCCAGAUAA